AAAUAAAAUACGAAAAAGACGAGAUGCGAGUACGAAACCUCACUUCGGUUGUUUGCAAGUCCCAUUUGUCAGCGAAUCAGUCUAUAAAUCAGUGAAAGUGUGUUUAGAAUUUAUUUCUUCUUAAUACCUCAUAAUAUUAAAAUUUUCGACAAGUGGAAAGACUUAAUGUUAACUGACCGGUCUGACAAAUAUUGUGGGGUGCUUCUAGUAUGUGGUUAUCAGUGAAAAAAAUUCCUGUAUAUCUUGUUACAAUUUUUCUGCUGCAAUUUUCAUUAUAGCCCAAAAAUGGCUUGCUAUUUGAACGAGAAUGUUUAUACACAUACUUUUACUCCUCGAGAGUAUCAAGUAGAACUACUUGACUCAUGCAAGAGAAAAAAUACUAUAGUUUGUUCCAGCACUAGCUCUUCCAAAGCCUUUUUGUUAGUGAAACUUCUGCAGGAGUUUUCCUGGCAAAUGCGAGGUGAACCUUAUAAAAAAGCUUUGCUCAUUUUGGAUCCCCAAAAUGUCCCUGUUCUGGCUUCGCAUGUAGAAUACCUUACAGACUUGAAAGUAGUUAGUUUAUGUGAAGAUAACGAGUACAAUGACAAUAUCGUCAGUGACAAUCAGGUUAUUGUAACUACAUCAGAAGUUUGUUCUAACUGUAAUUUCCUGCUGGACCUUAGCAAGUACAAUGUCCUUGUUAUAGAUAAUUGUCUCUACGGUAAUAGGCAAAACAAAAUAAAAGAAAUUAUGUCCAAAUAUGAACAAUUAAAUGAACACUUGAGGCCAAGGAUAUUAGGACUCACGACAGGACUUUUGAGCACUGAUUUGCAAUCUGAUAGACUUGAGGCAGAGCUUAGAAGGCUGGAGAAAUUGCUUAGUUCUCAUGUUGAUACAUCAAGUGAAAUAGUUACACUUAUUCGCCUCUCGUGUCAUCCCAAAGAAUGCUUAAUUACUUGUCCUAAGGAAAUAUCUUUUACUUUACAUGAAGAACUCAUUAGCUUGGUGGAAAAGUGUAGAGAAUUUUUAAGAGAACACAGAUAUGACCCCAGUGAAAUUUACGACGAGGAAUUUUUAGAAGAAUUUAAAGAUAUUCCAGAUCCCAAACAAAUUCCUUUAGAAUUGCUUACUAGUUAUCUAGACAUUUUGGAUGAUUUAGGUCCUUGGGGUGCCGACAAAGCUGCGAUCAAUAUACUUUCAAAAAUAGAGAAGCUAAAGAUAAAAACGCCAUACGAAAGACACUACCUGUUAUUAUGUAUUACUUCAACUACAUUAAUUCAUACUAGAGCGCUCUGUGAUAAUAAAUUUAAAAUUUAUGACAACGAAAUUGCAAAGCUUCAACACUUUUCUACAACCAAAGUUUUAAAAUUCAUUCAUGUGCUACGCCAAUUCAAACCAGCUGGAGAAAAACCAAAGAUUGAUGAAGAAGAAAAGUUGCAAUCAGCGAACGAUGUUCAACCCGGAGUGUUCAGAAAAGGCAAAGGAAAACCGAAACGUUUAAAUCAACGAUUGCAAAUGGACGAUAUGUUAUGCGCUCUCAUUUUUGUCCAUAACAAAUACAAGGCGAAAGCUCUUUUUGGACUACUUUGUUGUUUAUCGCAAGAAGACGAUGAUUUUUGGUGGAUAUCAGCUCUUUUCUCCGUCGAAAAAGUUGCAGAUAUUUCCAAAGAACCCAGAGAAGCAGAGCAAGAGCACAAAAUACAAGAGGAAGUUUUGAGAAAAUUUAGGUGUCAUGAAUGUAAUAUUCUAGUUGCAACUGCAGUACUGGAACAGGGCUGUGAUCUUCCGAAGUGCAAUUUGGUUGUUCGAUUUGAUUUACCUCAAACAUUCCAUAGCUACAUUCAAAGUAAAGCUCGAGCGCGAGCGUCUGAAUCCUAUUACUUACUAUUUGCUAAUGAUAACGAAGUGUAUAGUUUUGUUAGUAAGUUAGCUCAGUAUAAUGAGAUUGAAAAUACUCUUUUACGAAGGUGCCAAAGCCUAGAGCCAAGUAAAUCGGAAGAGCGUUUAGCCGAUAGUUUUUCGAACAGUUGUGCACCCUACCGCCCUGUAGAAAAAGAGGGCUUUCCAAGCGUUACUAUGUUUAAUUCAAUAUCUUUAAUUAAUCGAUACUGCGCUAAACUUCCAAGUGAUAACUUUACUAGAUUAACACCCAUUUGGCAUGAAGAGCAAGUGCAGGAUGGAUGGGUUUGCCAUAUAAGAUUACCUAUUAAUAGUCCCGUUAAACAAACAAUUUCAAGCCCUCCAAUGCCAAACCCUUUACUUUCAAGAAGAGCAGCCGCUUUCAUAUUGUGUCAGUAUCUGCACAAGGUGGGAGAACUUGAUAAUCAACUCCUGCCAAUUAGCAAAGAAAACUUUCUCCCUCUAGAUGCUGAUUGGAAUAAUACUUUAUUGGAUGAACAGUUUGACGACAAUUCGGAAGUUAGACCAGGCACAACUAAAAGAAGGCAAUAUUAUUACAAGAAGAUCGCAAAUGCGUUACUAGAUUGCCAUCCUAAAGUUCUGAUGCCUUCAUUUUUCUAUAAGAUCACCAUGACUUUAACAUGCCCUCUACCUGAGGAGCAAAAUACUCGUGGCAGAAAAAUUUAUCCUCCAGAAGAAUCCAUACAGGGAUUUGGUGUAUUGACAAGCAAGGAAAUUCCAAAAAUCAGCGCUUUUCCAAUAUUUACUCGGUCAGGCGAGGUCAGUGUAGAAUUAGUUCUUUGCUCUGACCAAAUAGUCCUAGACGAACUACAAACUCAUAAAAUUGAAGAGUUUGUAAAUUACACCUUUACAAGUGUCUUGCGUCUUCAGAAGUAUUUAAUGCUUUUCGAUCCAAAUAGUUCACAAAAAAAUUAUCUUAUCGUCCCGACAAUCGACACCCAAAAGGGAGUUGAAGUCGACUGGAAUUUCAUAGACGUGAUAUACAAAAGUCUAGAUUUUGUUCCUCAAUUAAUACCCGAUGAGGCCCGAAUUAAAUAUCAAUUCGACAUUGAAAACUAUAAAGAUGCUGUUGUAAUGCCUUGGUAUCGAAAUCAGGAUCAGCCUCAAUACUUUUACGUUGCUGAAAUAUGCUCAUUCUUGAAUCCGAAAUCCGCAUUUCCUGGUUCAGAUUACAAAUCUUUUGAGGAGUAUUAUCAUCGAAAAUAUGGAAUUCAAAUACAGAAUCUGGAUCAGUACCUGCUAGAUGUCGAUCAUACUUCCGCCCGCUUAAAUUUUUUAACGCCACGAUAUGUGAACAGGAAAGGCGUAGCUUUGCCAACGAGCAGUGAGGAGACCAAACGUGCCAAGAGGGAAAAUCUGGAACAGAAGCAGAUUUUAGUACCAGAAUUGUGUGCAAUUCACCCAUUUCCAGCGUCUUUGUGGCGAAAAGCUGUGGCUUUACCCUGUAUACUUUACAGAGUUAAUGCGCUUUUGCUGGCCGACCAAAUACGAACCACUGUAGCUAUCGAUCUUGGCUUAGGCCGGAUUCAUCUGGAUGAAGAUUUCAAAUGGCCUGCAUUAAAUUUCGGAUGGAAUUUGUCUGAUGUAUUAAGAAAAUCCAAAGAGGAGGAAAUGCGUAAGCAGGAAGAGUUAACCAUUCUACAAGAAAAAGCUGAAGCAAAGCUAGAUGCGCUAAAAAUCACUGAAAUUCACCUUGGUAACCAUGAAGAACCAAUAGAUUGUGGGGAAUCCUUAAAUUCUGGCGAUUCGGUGAAUGAUGGUCAUGAUGAAGAAAACUGGGGCCUCGAAAUUGGCACAUGGUCAAACGAUAUGGCUGUUGGUGAAACUGUCUCAAAUGGAAUAAUUAGAUAUGGCUCACCAACAAGUUGCUACCCAAACGGAGCAUGGGAGGAUGAUUUUUCAGACAUGUCUGAUGACAAUUCGCAAAUAGAAUCUGAGGAUUCAGGUCAUGAAUGGGGGGGUUUAAGAAUCGAAUUCACGGGUGAUCAUCAGGCUGAGGCCUUGGACGAUGAAGAUGCCAAAGAUGGGUCAUUUUGCCUUGUUGAUGAUACAAAUGCAUGGAGCAUUGCUGACAACAGUUCGGAAACUGAUGAAUUAAGAUCGAAAUUUAAUGAAGCGUGUGCAAAGAACAGGGAACACAUUUUGUCUAGUGGAAUCCUUUUGAAGGGAGAUGAUAACUUUUAUAAAGAUUCUGGGGAAACCAUUAGGCAUAUUGACGCGUUAGCAGGGCAAAUGGAAAAUUUUGAUAUUCGCAAAUUAUACAUUGAAAAUGUGACUUUGGAACGAAUAGCUGACGUUCCUUCGGGGGCCUUCAUUAAUGAAUAUGAAACGUAUGACGAGCUUACGUUCAGCUUCGAUAUGCAGCCCGAUCUAAAAAGUCACCCAGGGCCAAGUCCUAAUGUUUUACUUCAGGCUCUCACUAUGUCCAAUGCCAAUGACGGUAUUAAUCUUGAAAGGCUCGAAACCAUAGGCGAUUCAUUCUUGAAAUAUGCAAUUACAAACUACUUGUAUUCGAAAUAUGAAGAUGUGCAUGAAGGAAAGUUAAGCCACUUGAGAUCAAAACAAGUCAGUAAUCUAAACUUGUACAAAUUAGGCAAAAGGCGAAGUUUAGGGCACUAUAUGAUAGCAACAAAAUUCGAUCCUCAUGACAAUUGGCUUCCACCGUGCUUCUAUGUUCCCAAACAGCUGGAAGAUGCACUUAUAGACGCUCAGUUUCCGGCUAACUGCUGGACUGUCGCCGAUAUGGCUGCUACUAGAAAUAUGACUAUUGAAGAAAUUUGCUUAAUGGUGCGGGAGCGAAGUGUAAACACACUUCCGAGUAUCAUUCCGUACAACUUAGUCACCCAACAUAGCAUUCCGGACAAAAGCAUUGCCGAUUGUGUGGAAGCUUUAAUCGGAGCUUAUCUCAUUGAGUGCGGGCCUAGAGGGGCAUUGCUCUUUAUGGCAUGGCUUGGAAUUCGUGUUUUGCCGAAAAAUGAAAAUGGCACAUACGGAGAGGUGGAUAUUCCAAAGUCGCCUUUGAUACGGCACCUUCCCAAUGCCGAUGAAGAACUGGGACGACUUUUGGAUGGUUAUGAUGACUUUGAAGCGCACAUCGGAUACAAGUUUCGAGACCGAUCCUAUUUAUUACAGGCCAUGACUCACGCGUCUUACAGUCCGAAUCAACUCACGGAUUGCUAUCAAAGACUGGAAUUCCUGGGAGACGCGGUAUUGGAUUAUUUAAUCACCAGACACUUGUAUGAAGAUCCAAGAAUGCACUCUCCUGGGGCUUUGACCGAUUUGCGAUCCGCCUUAGUCAAUAACACUAUAUUUGCGGCCCUUGCAGUGCGACACGGAUUUCAUAAAUAUUUCCGACAUCUCUCUCCAGGCCUGAAUGAUGUCGUUGAACGAUUUAUUCGAUUACAAGAGGAAAGUGGGCAUACAAUUUUGGACGAGCUCUAUUUAAUUGUGGAAACAGAGUGUGAGGAGGUUGAAGAUGUUGAAGUUCCAAAAGCUCUAGGAGAUGUUUUCGAAUCAGUAGCCGGAGCAGUGUUUCUGGACUCCGGUAUGUCUCUAGACAGCGUUUGGAAGGUAUAUUAUCGCAUGAUGAAGUCGGAAAUAGAGCAAUUCUCAAAUCGGGUUCCAAAAUCUCCCAUUCGAGAGCUAUUAGAGCUUGAGCCUGAAACUGCGAAAUUUGGACGCCCGGAGAAACUAGCUGAUGGCAGAAGAGUCAGAGUAACAGUGGAGGUAUUUGGUAAAGGCUUAUUCAAAGGAAUAGGACGCAAUUAUAGAAUCGCUAAAUGUACAGCCGCCAAAUGCGCCCUAAAGCAUCUUAAGAAAAGAGCUAUGUUAAGACAAAACAGAUCAGAUAUUUAAGAUAAGAUACGUUUUUGAUUCCAAAACAAAUUGUGAGAAUAUUAAUUACUUUGAAGAGUCCUUUUGUGUCGUCUUAACAUUAUUGAACUGAUAAGAUCUUACACUAUUCGCCUUUUUUUAUUUAUUUAACACAUUAGUAUCACUAAAACGUUCUAGUCAAUUUGUUCAUUGUCGCCACUUAAAUUAAUUGAAUUUAAUUAGGAUUCUAGAUGCUCAAAACCCAACAAUAUGUUGCAACCAACGCAUCCGAAUUCAUGUAUAAAUACAUUUAAUCAAUAUUUGGUGAAACAGUAAAUUUGUUUUCUCAGUUUAUCAGGUGGUUGAAAAAAUUCAAAUGAAACCUCCUGGUAACGAAUAGAUAAACCAUUGUUUUAACAUGUAUGUGUAGUUUAUGUAAUUUAUAAUAGCAUGCAACGUGUUCGAUAUUAUACGAAAUUUUUUUCAUUGUCUAAGAGAAACUAGCAAAUUAUAAGACAUGUAUCAAGAAAAUUAGUCACGUAUAUUGUAUAGCAACUAUCUACCUUAGAAAAUAGGUAAUUUUUUCAUUGUAAGGUCAAAAUAUGGCCUUUUUUCAUAGUGUAUCAAUCUUUUUACGCGUGGAUAUGAAUCUGCCCAUCAACAGCAACACUUUUUACUCGUAAAUCGCUUUUUAUAUUUUAAAAUCCUUGACAUGCAAAGCUAAUUUCGUAACUAAUGAAGAGUCACUAGUUACUUUCUCAAACAUUUUUAACAGAAUUAAUGUUAUUUUUAGGAAAACAUACUUCGAGUAUAGGGGUACAAAGGCUGUGAAAAUUAGAUAUUCAAUGGCGGCGUUUAGGAUCGAGUUUUUUUCUUGUACGCUCUAGACUUAGAGCUCUCUUCUCUAUAUGCAAUAAACAACCAAAGGAGUAUUUACUAGUUGGGAACGCUCCAGAAGCAUGUAAAUAGCAGACAGCUCGGCUUGCGCUAUUUUGAUUUACUUGGUUUUUUUCUGUUUUGUUUUAUAAUAAAAACAGCAUUUGAUCUUCAAGGGUUUAACAUUUUUAGUGAUCAUGUAUUCGCUUUGUAUGUUCCUGACUAUAAACAAUAAACGUUUUUUAUUUUUA